AUGCGCUCCAGCAUCCUCGACGCGCUUGAUAGAUCCAUGGCUCUGCCUUCGGCAGUCGUCAUCCCCUCAGACGACGACGACGAAGGGCCCAACGAUGCUGCGAUGGACGCGACGAGCCCAGGUUCACCAGCGCCAACGACGUUCUCAUUGUCUCAGGUUCUCACUGGCACGUCUUCUCCAUCGAAGUCGCCUGCGGCCCUAUUGCGUACCGGUGGAAUUGCUGGGGGCUUUCACCUCAAUUAUGACCAAGAAACCCCGCUGAGAAGUGUCGAUGUCGGAGGGGAAGACCAACAACAGAAGCUAGCCGAGUUUGUGACGAAUGCGAUAGACAAUCUCAGCCAUGGAAUCACUGUUCGAGAUGCUAUGAAAGAUCUCGGUCUACGAGAUAAGACUGAUUUCCUCCCUGGCCUCGAUGUACGGCUUCUGCCUCAUCAAGUCAUUGGUGUCAGUUGGAUGGUCGCUCAAGAAUCAAGCACCCGUAGAGGAGGCAUAUUAGCAGACGACAUGGGGCUUGGGAAAACAGUCCAAAUGAUUGCCACGAUGGUCAUAAAUCAGCCAGAACCAGACGCUGAUUGCCGCGUGACCUUAGUCGUCGUACCCGCUGCACUCCUACAACAGUGGAAAGACGAGAUUGAUACGAAAACUAACGGAAUCUUCGAAACGCAUGUACACCACGGAAAAGAUAAGAUAAAGAAGCUUUCCGAGCUUCAGUCGAAGGAUGUGAUAAUUACUUCCUAUCCGACUUUAUGUCAAGACUUUUGGCUUCCGAAAGAUCUGGAACCAGGAGAAGAGGCUGAAUACCUAGCCAAAGAAGGGGGCAUACUUGCGAGAGCGAAAUUCUUCCGCGUUGUAGCGGACGAAGCCCAGUUCAUUCGCAACCGAUCUACACGUGCAAGCACAAGUUUGGCCUAUAUUCGUUCGAUUUAUAGAUGGAUGUUGACUGGAACGCCAGUCACCAACACCCUCGCAGAUAUUUAUGGUUUACUACGAUUCGGGCGAUUCCGACCAUGGAAUGAUUGGAACGACUUCAAUGCGUAUGUCGCGAAAGUUCAAUACGAAGACGCCCCUCUGGCAGGCCAACGUGCCCAAGCCAUACUCGAACCUCUAAUACUACGUCGCACGAAGAACUCGACUUUAGAAGGCGAGCCCAUCCUUCAGCUACCACCAAAGGACAUAGAACUAUGCAUGCUUGAAUUCUCAGAGGAAGAACGAGAUUUAUAUGACUCCUUCGAGAAACGUUCGAAGAUUAGAUUGAGUAAGUUCAUAAAGGAGCGCACGCUAGUCAAGAACCACGCUGUAGUUUUAGUUAUGAUCCUCCGCCUUAGACAGUUGUGCUGCCAUCCCAACCUCAUACUGCGGGAUACAGAUGACUUCGAAGAUCCGACUUUGCUAAUGGCGGGCGACGGUGAAAAGGAAUUAAGCAGAGCCAUCAAAUUUAUGGGUAAAUCUUGGGUCAAUGACGUCAAGAAACAGUUCUUGGAGCGCUCUGCUGCGAGCGAGCUGAUCGAUUUCGCGGACUUGAUCGCGGAAGGGAACGACACUUGCCCAGUUUGUCAUGAUCUAUACGCGAAUGGUAGCGGACGCAUUAUCGAGUGCGGCCACGAGCUAUGCUUUGAUUGCUUGCUGGAACUGAGUAAUGCGGCCGUUGCACAUGACGGAAUCUUCGGCUACGGUUCCGAAAAGCAGAACAUGGAGGUGGAACGAGCGUAUGAAGAGGCCGCAACGAAGGGCCUCCGACCCUGCCCAACUUGCAAGAAGAUGUGUGACUUCAAUGCCACAAACAAAGUAUUCAAAUCAAUCGCUUUUGAGCCCUCCGACGAGGAAUUAACGGCAUAUGCUAAUGCCCAUCGCCGAGGGUCGAGACGGCAUCAGGUCAAAUACGAGAUUAAGGAUGAAGAUGACGAAGACAACAUGGAUGUUGACGUCGACAUCAGCGAGUCAUCGCCGACGCCGAAUAAGAUCGAGGAACUAUCGGAGGAUGAGUUGCCUGACGCCUCCUCCAUCUUUGCCCCUAAGGCAAAACGCGCCAAAAUAAGUGAUGAUGGCGACAGUUUGAAUCUAUCCAUGGAUCGUAUACGGAAAGCCCCUGCAAGAAGGAUGACAGGCAGUCGGCGGUCCUCUGGUGUGGGGCCUUCACUCGAGACCAAGGUCAAACCCAAACGUAAAUUUGAUGACGGUCCGUCGGACGAAGUCAUUGCGACGUGGCGUAAAGGCGACGACAACUUAGAAGCUAGUACGAAAAUGCUGGCGCUGGUCGAUCUGCUUAAGAAGAGUGGCGACGAUAAGACUAUAUGUUACUCUCAAUGGACUACCAUGCUUGAUUUGAUUGAUAAAUUAUUCUCGCGACAUGGCAUACAGUGUCUUCGAUACGACGGCCGGAUGGAUCGACCUUCCCGAGAGGCUGCGCUUACUAACUUUAAACGACCUGGAGGUCCCAAGGUCAUUCUGGUCAGUACAAGAUGUGGUGGUGUUGGGCUUAAUCUUGUGGUUGCCAAUCGUGUCAUCAACAUGGAUUUAUCAUGGAAUUAUGCUGCUGAAUCGCAGGCGUACGAUCGCGUGCACCGUCUGGGGCAGGAGAAGGAUGUUUUCGUGAAGCGACUUGUUGUGAGGGAUACAAUUGAAGAACGGAUGCUUAAGCUGCAAGACGUUAAGACUGGUCUCGCUGAAGCCGCACUUGGCGAAGGCUCUGGAGGCAAAUUACACAGGCUGAGUGUGAAGGAUAUCAAACAUCUCUUCGGCAUGACUACUAGUAGUGCCACUCCUGCAGAAGACGAGCAACAGCAGAGGCUAGCUAACACAGCAGGACGAAUGAGUUUGGAAUAA